AACGUUUGCAAUUGAAUUAUGUUCAGUAAAGUUUAUUAAUUAAAUAGAGAAAUGGUCCAACUGAAACAGGUCUCAUUGCGCCUGAAGUCGAUAAAGAACAUUCAGAAAAUUACGAAAACAAUGAAGAUGGUUUCUGCCAGCAAGUUUACAAAAGCAGAACGCGAACUACAAGCAGCUAGACCCUUCGGGUAUGGUCCUCGCAAAUUCUACGAGGCGAGUCACUUAGUGCUGGAUAGAGUGGAGGCUAAGAAGGAUGAGAAGAACAAAGAGCAACCACCUCCGGAACCAACUCUUGAAAACACUGAAGACACAAAGAAAUUUAAAAGAAUUUAUGUAGCAGUCACUUCUGAUAGAGGUUUGUGUGGCGGUGUACAUAGCGGAGUAGCACGGCGCAUCCGACGUGAAAUGAAUGCAAGGAAAGCCGAGGCCCCUACCCACAAGUUGGUCUGCAUAGGAGAAAAGUCACGCGCACUACUCCGCCGGACCUUCUCAGACAAUAUGCUCGUCUGCGUAAAAGACAUCGGACGCAUAGCUCCGGUGUUCGCAGAUGCGUCGGUGAUGGCGACAGCCAUUACCGACGCUGGGUACUCGUAUGAGAUCGGCGAGAUAUACUACAACAAAUACUUCACGCCUGUCAAGUACGAAAUGACUAUUGUGCCGUUCUUCAAUAAGUUUAAAAUUGAGUCAGCACCUAACAUCAACGUGUUUGAUGACAUGGACACUGAUCAGCUGGAGUGCUACGCGGAAUGGACCCUCGCAGCUCUCCUCUAUUAUGCACUGAAGGAAGGCGCCGCCAGCGAGCAGUCAGCACGCAUGGCCGCUAUGGAUAACGCCACCAAGAACGCAGCCGAAAUGAUCCGCAAGCUGACGCUACUCUUCAACAGGACCCGACAGGCCGUCAUCACCAGAGAACUCAUCGAGAUUAUAUCAGGAGCCGCCGCGCUUAAGUAGCCAAGUCAAGAGCAUCAGGCGUUUAGGUAUGCAUUUACUAGUCAAGCAGGCUGCGGUAUACAUCAAUUUGGAAAAGUAAUUACAAAAUCCAAUCAAUGUAAACAGGCAAUUUUUGAGGAUGUAAAUGGAUUAAAGUUUCGAGUUUUGUUAAUCUUUCACGCAAACAAUAUUGAAUAGAUUCGUAUGAGAAUUAGUUCAAACUACUUAGUAGGUAUUCUUUUGACCCGUGCUGCCAGGGCUAUAGAAGCAACUACACAGCUUACUUAUACAGCUUAUUUAUAUAUUAUGAUUGUAACUAAAGUAAGGUGCUAGAUAACGAGGUAGAAUGUGCUUUAAAUAUCUCAUUACGGCAGUACUGAAAUUUGUACACAGUAAUAAAGCCA